UUAACCACUCCUCUCUUGAAAUCAAGCUAAAAAUAGUAGUGCUUUCUUUUAUUGAUAGUGCAAGAAGAAAUUGUGUAGCAUGGAGGAGAGUAAGAGUUAUUGUGUAACAGGAGGGACAGGCUUCAUUGGCUCAUGGCUCAUUAAAUCACUCCUUCAAAUGGGCUACAAAGUCCAUGCUGCUGUGCGCCAUCCUGAGAAGUCAUCACAUCUAUUGAAGUUAGCUGAGGGCAGUGAGAUGCUAAGAUUGUUCAAAGCGGAUUUAAGAAAAGAAGGAAGCUUUGAUGAAGCAAUGAGAGGUUGCAUUGGCCUAUUCCAUGUUGCUGCACCCAUGGAAUUCUGCCCACAAGCCACAGAAAACGUUGAGAGCUAUGUUGAAGAAAAUAUGAUAGAGCCAGCAAUCGAGGGGACGUUGAAUGUUCUGAAAUCCUGCUUGAAAUCCAAUUCUGUAAAAAAAGUUGUUUUCACAUCAUCAAUCAGUACAAUCACAGCCAGAGACAACUUUGGGAAAUGGAGACCUUUUGUCGAUGAAUCUUGCAAAAUACCUAUCCAACAUGUUAAGCACACAAAACCAAGUGGUUGGGUUUAUGUACUACUAAAGGUUUUGACAGAGGAUGCAGCAUUUCAAUUUGCAAAAGAAAAUGGCAUUGAUUUGGUUUCAACAAUAACACCAACUGUAGCUGGUCCAUUCCUCACUCCAACAGUUCCAUCAAGCAUUCGAGUUCUCUUGUCACCAAUAACAGGUGAUCCUGAACUGUCAGCUAUACUGACAGCUGUGAACACAAGAAUGGGAUCAAUAGCAUUAGCUCAUAUAGAGGAUAUAUGUCGCGCCCACAUAUUCCUCAUGGAGAAUAUUAAAGCAGAAGGACGAUAUAUAUGUUGUGCUCGGAGUUGGGCAAUGUCUGAAGUUAUCGAUCACCUUAAAAAAGAGUAUCCUUACCCUGCUAUAGAGAGGUUAUCCAUCGAUUUCUACUAUGUUCUUGGGGUUGGAUUAAAUGGCCCUGUAUAUUUGGCAACACAUUCUUCUGCCAACAAUUAUUCACAAGCUGUAGCUGUCAAAUCUGCACAAAUUGGAUCGGAUGAGUACUCUGUGCUACGAGAAGAAGGAAAAAUAUUGAACCAAUUAAAAGGUUCGCCUUAUAUCGUUCGAUGUUUUGGGGAAGAUGAGAGUAUGGAAUACGCAAAGCGGACGUAUAAUCUCUUGCUUGAAUGCGCCACUAGUGGCACUUUACUAGAUUUCAUACUUUGGAAUAGAAGAAUUCCGGAACCAGUGGCAGCACUCUAUGCAUAUCAACUCUUGAAGGGUAUCCGUCACAUUCAUAACAAAGGGUUUAUACUUGGGGAUAUCAAAUUCACUAAUAUACUUAUUUUUCCGGACAACAAGUUGGUAAAAAUUGCUGAUUUUGGAUCAGCCAAAGAAGAAACAAGUCGCGAGCAUCAAGUUUUUGAUAUUUGUUCUAUAGGGUGCGUUGUCGCAAAGAUGCUCACUGGGAAGCCCACUUGGUAUGUGGGACAGAUUAACAAAUAUAAACGUCAGAUUUGUGGUCUUGAUAAGCCUGAUGAAGAGCUUAUAGACACUGAUGUUUCUAACAUGGCUAAAGGUUUUGUGACGGAAUGUUUGUUUUGUGAUUUUACAGGUAGAUUAUUGAGUGUGGAUGAACUAAUUAAUCAUCCUUUUAUUCAGAAUGCAAUUAGUACUCCUGAGAAUCAAGAACACUUGAUUAGACUCUCUAGUACUGUUAAUGAUAGUCUUUUUGGUGAUAAUUGGAUUUCAGAGCGUGAUUUGUUUACUACAACUUUUGAGGAAUGGAAAACCAAAAUAAGGAGAUCAAUCAAUAAUCCAACGAAAGAAAGACACACUUGA